CGACAUACGUGUAACGCUCGCCAGAACCUGGAAUGCCCGCUUCAUCCACCGCUUUCCGGUGACAGUGACACCAGUUUCGCGGGACAAAACGCGAUUGCAGUAUGGCGUAAUCUUGCUUGCGGUAGUAUUCGCCUGAAACAGUGCACCAUGACGUUGAAAUGCCAGGUGCGAAACUGGGGUUAACUGAUGCGCGCGACCGCUGUUCUCGUGCAUCGCCAACGCCUUACCGGGGAUUUCGGCAACGCGCUGUGGAGUGCCCUGGAAGCGCAGUUGCCAGCGCCGGAUGACGCCGAACUGCGUCGCGUGUCUACGUGGCUGGCAACUUUCCCAGCACACGGCCAGCUGACGGAAAAGGCGAGGGAAUCUGUUGCCGAGAUCUGCAAGACUUUAUGCGCGACGCAGUCGGCGGAUCCGCUUCCAUCGCUGCAUUACCGCGGGAAGAAGUGGUGCGUGGAUGGUUUGCAGGAUUUGCAAGUGGAGAAACUGUCGCGUAUCGCGUUUUAUGUCCUCGAGCGUCUAAACUCCGGAGAAGCGUCUAGUGCUUCGCGCUAGGCGCCGCAUAAAUGCUUCGCACGGAGUAUAUGUUCGUCCUGUUUGAAAAUCAUUGUGCUCUUUUUAUCUAAACUGC